CCACUCUGCCGCCCCCCCGAACAAGGCAACUCGAUUUCCUACCUUUUCUUGACCCAAAUCAAGUGCGUCUUACUUCGUCGAGUCUUUGCGACCGUGAUCAUUCAACGGUUCUCCAUUGAACUCUGGCGGGGCAGGGUUGCGGCUUUGCUGGCAACGUGAGCUGCCGCGGCAACCCUUGGGUAACAAGAAGAGCCGUAUAGCUCCUCUCGUUCUAUCUCCUUUCCCCACCCGACACCGUUGACUCUCUUAGUCUGGAAUAUUGCAAUGCUUGUUCUACUCAGGGGAAGUCCUUGAGGCUCAACUGGAUAUCUUUGCGUACCCCCAGGGCCUGGAAGCUGCCUGGUAUUGACUCCGGGGAUCUCUGGUGCCUCUUGCAUCUUUCAUCUCGCCCUUUUCUCCAUCGUUGCCUGGAGGGCUAGGCCCCUCGACUUACGAGUUUCCUCUCUCCUUCCUUGCACUCUACCUCCCACUUCCCAUCUCCUCAACUCUCAUUCCUUUCUCAUUCUCGUUACCUUCCCCUACAUCAUCUCGCUUCUCAUCCAAAAUGGCGAGUCUUGAAUCCGUUCAGAUCCUUUCGGAAGCGGCGUUCGGUUGUGAACAUCUGGCAACAAUCCUGCAAGAUCAGUCGAGUGCUGGCCAGUUCAAGAAUGGGUACCGCAAGCAAUUUCAGUCUCUGGCCCCGUACACAAAGCCAGAGACUGCCGCAGUGCCCACAAGUGGCCUGCGGACUGUGGCUACCCUGAAACCAAAGUACCACUGUCUGACUUGCUCGGAAGUGUGUUUGAACUCGGAGCGCAAGGCACACACGAAGAAGACCGGCCAUGCUUUCUAUAUGGAGUCACGCAACCGGUUCGUGUUCUGUGAGACCUGUGGAGACUUUGUCUACGACCAUGGCCUGGAACGGCUCUGCGGCCCCUCUGGCAAGUUUGAGUAUGAAGAUCAUAAAGCCCGAUGGACUGAGGACUCCGCUUCUGAGGUCUAUGUCAGGAAUAAUGCCUACAAAAAUCCUUGUUCUCGUCGCGGUGCUCGUGGUGUCUGGAACAUGGGACAGACCUGUUAUCAAGCUGUGAUUCUCCAAGCUCUCCUGCAUGACCCCACUCUCAAUGCCUAUUUCCUAGCAGGAGGCCAUGACAUCCACACUUGCAAAAGAGCCUUCUGCAUGGCAUGUGCAGCCACUGAAGUAUUCAUGGAAUUCAACAGCGGCGAGAAGACUGAUGCAGUGUCGGCUGCUACCCUCCUCUAUCAUGGUUGGGAUGCGUCAAGAGAAAUGGCAGGCUACCGCCAGCAAGACGCUCACGAAUACUUCCAAUUCCUCGUCAAUGCCCUCCACGCAGCUACUCCUGGUCACUCGGAGAGCUACGACACCAAAUGCGAAUGCUUCUUCCACCGUACAUUCUACGGCGAACUUCGCAGCAGCGUGAUGUGCCACAAGUGCGGCAAAACCACUCACACCUACGACCCAAUGGCGGACCUGAGUCUCGACGUGCAGCUACAAAAUAAGAAGCGCAAGCUGGGCCGAUCGACUGCGACUGGCACCGCAAAUCUGAUUAGCUGUCUGGAGAGUUUCACCGCAGUCGAGGACCUGCAGCAUCACACCGAGGCGGCAUAUCAUUGCGAGAAAUGCGGCAACACGCCUCAGCGAGCGUCAAAGCGCCUGCAGAUUAACAAGCUUCCGAGUAUCCUGUGCAUGCAGUUGAAGCGCUAUGAGCACAACCAGGCCUCCUCUGAGAAAAUGGAUGGCCACAUUGACUUCCCCAUUACCCUGAACAUGCUCCCCUACACUGUGAAGAAGGACAAGGAGCGUGUCGACACGUCUAAGUACAUCUACGAUCUCUCCACCGUCGUGGUCCAUCAGGGAUCCAUGGACUCGGGCCAUUACUACUCCUACACCCGCCUGGGAGGCGACAAGUGGGUGUUGAUGGACGACAACAAAGUGACUGUCGCCAGCAUCGCCGAUGUUCUCAAGCAAAAUGCUUACCUGUUGUUCUACGGCAUCCGCUCGAUCGAUCCCGAGAAGUGAUUGUUUUCAACAACGAACGAUAUGAGUGAGCAGAAUAUGGAUUAGGUUUGGCUGUUAGGUCUCAGGGCGUUAUCUGGUUCUUUUUGUUUGAUUCACAUAAGCGAGAAAGGGUAUGAGACCAAUGGAUUCCUCGCUGGACUAUUUUGAUAUGUUCCGAUAUUGUAGCGUAGGACCGUAACUUGAGAGACGUCCGUUUUAAGGGCGGUAUUGGCUCCGACUACAAGCAUACGAUAGACGAACAUUCAGACCAGGUGGUCCUCCACUGUAUCUGCAUAGAUCAGAAUCUACGGCCAGUCUACCCAUGAACCUCCAAUUCAUACGCGGAGUCAACCUGUGACUCAAGGCUCAAGGAGCAAGGCGGAUGUUGAAUCGAAAGCUGUCGAAUUUUGGCAGACAUUGAACACCGCUGCACACGCCCUCCACAGUACUCCAAUACUCAGAACCCAAGAUCGAAUGAAAAUCCCAGUAAAGAAAAUCCGUCAUUGAUAUUGGAUAAGGAAAAAAGGAUGAGGGUAAACAUGACAUCCUCGUUUUGCGAUCUCUUCACACAACAACCCCAGUCCCCACCGAUCCAUCCGAGACACCAAGCAACCGAAGAUGCAAAAAACUGUCUCCCUCCAUCAAGAAAAAAAAAGAAAACAACAACCAGUUUUGGAGGCCGUCAUGCGAAAAGAAAACGGAGUGCGGGCGCAAUUUCUUGAGUUUUUGAGUUUUCCCGGACACUUCGAAACCAUUUCCCCAUCCCGGGACACCAUCAAGAUCGAGAAGCGCCAGGGUACGUACACGAGUGAACGGAUCGUAGACGAGGAUGAAUCGGGAAGGGCGUUAAAAGGUGGACAUGGUUUUUGGUUUGUUUAACGGUACUGUAGGUGAGAGUGGGCGAGUUAGUUUUGUCAUGUGGGUUGCGAGGGAACCGGACAGGGACCCAGUGGACCGGGUAUCGAGGAUAAUUCGUGUUCAGAAAUGUCGUCCUCUA